AUGGAUAAAAUUUUUAAAACUCAAAGAGGUAAGAAUUUAGAUGUAUACGUAGACGAUUCAAUUGUAAAAAGCAAGACAGAAGAGGAGAUGAUAAUAGAUUUACAAGAAACAUUCGAUAAUAUGAGGAAGUAUAAAAUGAAACUUAAUCCCAGAAAGAGCAGACAUGAAAUAAUGAAGCUAACUGGGAGAAUGACAGCCCUUUCUAGAUUCAUCUCCAAGUCAUCUGAGAGAAUAAUGUCAUUCUUCAAAGUUUUGAAAGGAAACAAAAAUUUUGAGUGGCGUGAAGAGCAAAGCCAAACUUUCAGAUACUCCAUGAUAGAGAAAGCAGCUUAUGUUGUGAUUGUUGCUGCCAGAAAGUUGAGACCUUACUUUGAUGCACAUCAAUGGGCUGUGGAGCUGCAUGGUCUGAGAGUCAAAUACCAACCCAGAAAAGCAGUAAAGGGUCAAGCACUAGCUGAUAUUUUUACAAAAUGGAUAACCCAAGAUGAAAGGAAUGUCAUCGAGUAUGCUUUGAAAUUUCAAUUCAAAGCUACUAAUAAUGAAGUAGAGUAUGAGGUAGUUACUACUGGGUUACAAUUGUGCAAAGCUCUAGAAGUAAGGAGAAUUAGUUUGAAAAUCGACUCGCAAUUGGUGGUGAACCAGAUUCUAGGAGAAUAUGAAGCCAGAGAUGCUAACAUGCAGAAGUAUUUGAAGAAAACAGAGGAACUGAUCUCAGGAUUUAAGGCUGAUGCAUUAUCCAAACUGGGGAAUUCAAGCAUGCAAAAUCUGAAAAGAUUAUUCCUAGUUGAGUUAAAACCUCCAAGUGCAAUUCAUGAAGAUGUAACAUCCGUCUUUAAUGUUGGCAGCAAUGACAUCCUAGACUGGAUGACAGAUAUCAUCAAAUACAAAGAAAUCGGAGAUCUCCCAGCAGACUCAAAUUUUUCCAGAAAGCUGAAAUUAAAAGCACUUCAGUUUUACAUGGUGGAUGAGGAGUUAUACAACAAGGCCAGGAAUGGACCGUUCCUGAAAUGUAUAACACCGUCUGAGGCAGAUUACAAUCGGAGAGAAGUUCACGAAGGGUGUUGUGGCCAUCAUUUGGGAGCUAGGGCUCGGGCACAUAAAGCCAUCAGAAUUGUGUGGAUUGGACCUUUUGGGACCAUUCAAGCAGGCAGUAGGAAGAAAAAGUUUUUGAUUGUUGCAAUUGAUUAUUUCGCAAAAAAGAUAGAAGUUGAAUCACUUACAAUAAUCACAUCUAGAAAAGUGGAAAAGUUCAUUUGGCAAAAUAUUAUCACCAGGUUUGGGCUACCAAGAGUCCUAACUCUUGAUAAUAGUACCCAGUUUGAUUGUGCAACAUUGAGAAAAUAUUUAGAGGAUUUUAAAAUUUCAGGAGCAUAUUCCUCUAUUUGCAAUCCACAGUGCAAUGGGCAAGUUGAAGCUGCAAACAAGAAGAUCUUAAAUGGUCUGCAGAAAAAACUGAAAGAUGCAAAAGCCAGAUGGGUGGUUGAAAUUUAUGAUGUCCUAUGGUCAUUAAGAACUACAGUGAAAGAAGCAACUAGCCAGACGCCAUUCAAACUAGUUUACAUAUCAGAAGCGUUCCUACCAGUUGAAAUAGGGGUGCAAACAAUAAGAGUCAAGCAUUUGAGCUAG